AUGGCGGAGGGUCUUGGAGCUCUGCUAGAGGCAAGCUUGGAUCCCAGGCAGAAUAAGGCCGCCGAGAUUACCCUUCGUCAGGAAGAACAGAAGCCCGGUUUCUCACUACAGCUUCUUCAUAUUACUGCAUCGGAGGCUACGCCUUACAACACACGCCUCGCUAGUGCUCUAUGCUUUAAGAAUUUCAUCAAGCGGAACUGGACGGACGAGGAUGGAAACUACAAGCUGCAGGAGGAAGAGGUUGUGACUCUGAAGCGCGAACUGAUCUCCUUGAUGAUCUCGGUUCCUCCUGGUAUCCAGAGUCAGUUGGGUGAGGCUGUCAGUGUGAUCGCCGACAGUGAUUUCUGGGAGCGAUGGGAUACCUUGGUUGAUGACCUUGUUUCCAAGCUGUCACCGGCCAACCCUACCGUUAAUAUUGGCGUGUUGCAAGUCGCACACUCCAUUUUCAAGAGAUGGAAGCCUUUGUUCCAGUCUGAUGCACUUUACACCGAGAUCAACCAUGUCCUUAGCAAAUUCGGUACUCCGUUCCUGGCCCUUUUUGAGGCACUGGACAACUAUCUUGAACAAAACAAGACCAACAAAGAGAACCUAGCGCAGGGUUUCACCCAGCUUAAUCUGAUGGUCAAGCUGUUUUACGAUCUCUCCUGCCACGAUCUCCCCCCCAUGUUUGAGGACAAUAUCGCUGCGAUCGCCUCAAUUUUCCUCAAAUAUCUGACUUACGAUAACCAAUUGCUACACACCGAUGAUGAGACGGAAGCCGGUCUGUUGGAAUACGUUCGGGCCGGAAUCUUUGAGGCUCUGACUCUCUAUGUGCAGAAGUACAUGGAUGCGUUCCAUCCUCAUGUCGAGCAGUUCAUUCAGAGCUCGUGGAAUUUCCUUACCACUAUCGGCCAGGAGACCAAGUAUGAUAUUUUGGUCAGCCGAGCACUGCACUUCUUGACGUCUGUCGCAGGCAUGCCCGAGCAUGCUGCUGCUUUCCAGGCAGAGGAAGUUUUGGGUCAAAUUGUUGAAAAGGUCAUCCUGCCGAAUGUGAGCCUUCGCGAGUCCGAUGAGGAACUCUUUGAGGAUGAGCCAAUUGAAUUCAUUCGACGGGACUUGGAAGGGUCUGACAGCGAGACCAGGCGCCGAGCUGCCACCGAUUUCCUCCGCAAGCUGGCAGAGAAAUUCGAGGAGUCUGUUACUGGAGUUGUUCUGAAGUAUACCCAGCACUAUCUGGCCGAGUAUGCUAAGGAUUCCUCCAACUGGAGAGCCAAGGACACCGCGACUUAUCUUUACUCUGCCAUUGCCGCCAAAGGUACUGCUACCUCCUCGCACGGUGUCACUGCUACCAACCAGUUGGUUAGUAUCACGGAUUACUUCCAGCAGAAUCUCGCCGCAGAUCUGAUCAAUGAGGAUGGCGUUCACCCUAUUCUGAAGGUCGACGCCAUCAAGUAUCUGUAUACUUUCCGCAGUAUCAUCACCAAGGAACAGUGGCAACAGGUUCUCCCCGUGCUGGUAAAGCACCUGGCAUCAUCUAACUUUGUUGUCUACACUUACGCUGCAAUUGCUUUGGAACGAGUACUUUUCUUGAGUGACAGCCAGGGACAGCCAGUUAUUCCCUCCAGCGAAAUCACACCGCUUGCUAAGGACCUGUUGGAACAUAUCUUCCAGUUGAUCCAGCGGGAUCCAGCCCCUGAAAAGGUGCAAGAGAACGAGUUCUUGAUGCGUUGCGUGAUGCGUGUUUUGGUUGUGAUCAAGGAGGGUGUUGUGCCUUUCACUGAUGUCGUGCUCCAGCGUUUCAUCACCAUCACCCAGAUCAUCAGCGGGAACCCGAGUAAUCCCCGAUUCUACUACUUCCACUUCGAAGCCAUGGGCGCCUUCAUCCGGUACGCUGCUCCCGCCAACCCAGACAAGCUCGAGCAGGCUCUUUACGCGCCUUUCGCUGGUAUCCUCCAGAAUGACGUGCAGGAAUUCAUUCCCUACGUUUUCCAACUCUUCGCGGCGCUGCUUGAGGCAAACCCAUCCGCCACCCUCCCAACCUAUUACCAGGAGCUUAUUGGCCCUAUCCUGAUGCCUGUCAUGUGGGACUCGAAGGGCAAUAUUCCUGCCUUGGUCCGGCUACUUUCCUCGAUCAUUCCUCGUGGUUCGCAGUACAUUGCAGAGCAUAACCAGAUCGAGCCCAUUCUUGGUAUUUUCCAGAAGCUGGUUUCCACCAAGGCCAACGAGAGCUUUGGGUUUGACCUCCUGGAAACCGUUGUUGCUAAUUUCCCACCAACUGCCCUUCAAAACUACUUCAAGAUGAUCAUGCAGAUUAUCCUUCAGCGGCUGCAAAACUCCAAGACAGAGAACCUGACUCUCCGCUUUGUUCGCUUCUUCCACUUCCUCUCGGCUCAGGACGACAAGGGCUACAGUGCCGACUUCAUCGUCCAGGUCACCGACGAGGUCCAGGAUGGACUUUUUGCCCCCAUCUACAUCAAUGUUAUCCUACCUGAAACCCAGAAACUUGCCCGGCCUUUGGAUCGCAAGACCGCUAUAAUUUCCUUCACCAAGACCCUUGCCAAUUCGCAGGCGUUUGCCACUCGCUACAGUCAGAAGGGAUGGGGAUUCACCUGCACAGCCUUGCUUAAGCUCCUCGAGCUCCCCCCGCUGCCUACCACCACAGACGUUAUUGUUGAAGCUGAUGUCGAGGACAUGUCUUUCGGUGUUGGCUUUACUGCUCUGAACACCAUCCGUGCUCAGCAGAAGGAUCCAUGGCCUGAGACUGGUGCCGACCUCAAGGUUUGGGUGAAGACAUACCUGAAAGAUGCUGAUAAGAAGCAGAGUGGCCGUGUGUCACAGUUUGCCCAGGAGCGUCUUGACGCCGAGACGAAGACUGUGUUCGCAAGCUAUAUCUCUUAA